AUGUCGUCUGAUAUCCUGGAUGUCCUCUCUAUUUCUGGACGAUCGAAUUUGUCGAAUCAGAAGAAGAAAAUCACCAAAGAUGGACCUACAAAAAAGAAGAAACAAACCGCUAUGAGUCGAGAGUUGUUCAAUCUUAUUGGCCAAAACACUCCUCCUUUAGCAGUUGAAAAGACCGUUAAGUUCAAAGAAAAGCUGAAUGUCAAUAAUAAGCCUACUCCAUGGAGCUAUGUGGAAUUUAGUAACGAUGCUCGUGAAUCCAAAGAUGGGUUGAAGUUGCAUCAUUGGAUCAAAGGUUCAUCAGAGCUCGCCAAAAACUCGCCAUACUUGUUUGAAAAAUACAAUCAAAAGAUUCAAAUCCCCUCGUUUACAAAAGAGGAAUAUGAUGAGUUUUUGAAAGAUCUUGACUUGGAAUGCCGAGAGAGAGAAAAAAGGGAUAAGGCUUUGAAAGAACAGGAAGCAAAGGAAGCUGAGAAACUUGAGAAAGAGAAGGAAAAUGACAAGGAGAGAGUAAACGGAGAUGAACUUGGAAAAGAAGAGGACAAUGCAUCAGAUUUUGUACCUAAGAAAGAGAAUGUAAAUGACCAAAUAUUACCAAAAAUUGAUGAACCGCAAACUAACAAGAAAGACGACAUGGAAUCAACUGAGGAUGUUUCAAAAUCAGAUUCUCAGGAGGUUUCAAAGGACGUCAAUCCUUCCGAAGAAGUAGAAGCAUCGUGGGACUACGAUGAAACAGUUCAUUUAUUUCAACUCUGCGAAAAAUGGGAUCUCCGUUGGCCAAUAAUUGUUGAUCGAUAUGAAUAUGACGAGAGAUCCAUGGAAGAGUUAAAGGAGAGGUUUUAUAAAGUUUCCGAGAGGAUCCUACGACACAAGUACAGGAAUGUUACAAUGGAUGAUAAGACUUCAUUACUAGUUCAAACUUUAAGCUCGUUUGACAAAAGGAGAGAAACAGAGAGAAAACAAUACUUGAGAAGACUGCUAUCCAGAUCUCCUACUGAGAUAGCCGAGGAAGAAUCGUUGGUUAUAGAGGCAAGAAAGUUUGAAUUGGCUGCAAAGAAGAUGUUAACUGAACGUGCUUCCUUGUUAAGGCUGUUGGACUCUCCUCAGUCUACUGGUUCCAUUUCCCAGUACUUAACUUCUCAAGGCCUUACCCAACUUUACAAUACGUUAAUGUCUGCUGACAGAUCUAAGAGGAGAAAGGUUGAAACACCGACGCCUCCCCAGAUUCCUCCAGGUGCGUCGUCCUCUUUACACCGAACAUCCAUGGACCUUAAAAGGAAAGCUGCAAAGAAGAUUGGUCCGAAUGCCCUGUUGGAAAAUAUCAAGGCCACUGGCAAUUCAGUGCCUCCCAGCGGCAACGCUCCACAGAGCGCUGCUAUUGAACUUAUAAACACGAAGAUGACUCCAGAAGAAAAAGAAGCAUACGGAAUUAAGAUCCACCAAGAGAAGCUUCAGCCCGGUGUGAGCUUACGGUCCGCCAGACUACCUACAUUCAAGCCAGCAACUCAAGCGAAAAUUGUUGUUGUACUGAAUGAGCUAGAAGUUAGCCCUAAGCCUACCAUCCCCACAGCAAAAGUUGUUGCUCAGUAUGAUAACCUAUUACAAACAAUAAAUGUUCUACUAGAAACUAAGAAGCAGGUGAACAAGCUGGAAGUAGAGCUUAACCUUCUCGAAGGGAAGGAAGAAGAUAAAGAAUCAUAG